CUGAAAGCCGCAUGCCGUGAAACUGAAUUUUGCGAGCGCUCAAAUUCACUCGAUGAAACUAUGUUAGAUUUUUCCCUCGUGACGUGUUGCACGUAAAAAGUCUGAUCUUGUGUCGAUUAUUGCAGGAUUGAAACUUUCGAUAAGGGGCGGAAAAUGUCAGAAGUGGAAAUGAACUUUACAAAUAAUGUAUUCGGUUCCGAAUUCGCUCUAAACUCUAAUGUUCAAAUAUCAGCCGCGGAUUUCCACAAUUUCACAACACGGUUUAACAAAACGAGAGGAAGCGGCGCGUCUAGUGGGGUGUUUGAAAGCGAACUAAUUAUACCAUUAUACGCCAUUAUAUUCGUCUUGUCGAUUGUCGGCAACUCUUUGGUGCUUGUCACGCUGGUGAGGAACAAGAGGAUGAGGACCGUCACCAACGUCUAUCUCCUGAACUUGGCAAUUUCCGAUUUGUUACUUGGAGUCUUCUGCAUGCCCUUUACUCUAGUGGGGCAAGUGUUACGUAAUUUCAUAUUCGGCGCUACCAUGUGCCGCCUCAUCCCUUAUUUCCAAGCCGUUUCAGUCUCCGUCGGCGUCUGGACACUGGUGGCAAUCUCACUAGAGCGUUAUUUCGCCAUUUGCAGGCCGCUAAAGUCCCGUCGCUGGCAGACCCAAUUCCACGCCUACAAAAUGAUUGCAGUGGUGUGGCUAGCGAGCCUUUUCUGGAGCGCCCCCGUUUUAGCCGUGUCUUCGCUCAAGGCGAUGAAGGGCCGAGGCCAUAAAUGCCGGGAGGAGUGGCCGAGCAAAAGCAGCGAACAAAUUUUUAAUCUGUUCCUCGAUGCCAUGCUCUUGCUCAUUCCGGUGCUGAUCAUGAGUCUUGCUUACUCGCUAAUUAUGACCAAACUGUGGAAAGGCCUCCGCCGGGAAAUCCAACACAACAACUCCUUCCAGGCGCAAAUGAUCCAGCGAUCUAACAGUUCUCCGACCAUAAACGGCGAACUGAACAAGAGCACCAGUCCCCAAAGCACGUCGGAGCCUUCCGGCAUGAACCACCUGCGCCCGACCAAUCGCCUUCUGCCCCCAAGUCACAAUAAAGCCCACUCGCGGGUUAAGGACGCAAAACACUCGAAAAAAACCGAGUCUGUGAAAAUGUGGUUCAUGAAGGGGAUUGUCCAAGUGCGUUUGCCCGCUUCGAUCAAGAAGGGGUACACUUGUAACACCCAAACUAAAAGCACUUUGGUUCCCCGGUGCGAGCUCACGACACCGUCCUCGGAGCACUGCUCAUACAACGAACUGUGUCCGUCGAACGACGCCAGUUACGCCACUUCUUCGGUGGACGAAACCACCUACCACUUCACCCGACACGCCAUUAGGUCCAAUUACAUGGACAAGAGCAUCGAAGCCAAGAAAAAAGUCAUACGGAUGUUGUUUGUCGUUGUGGCCGAAUUUUUUAUUUGUUGGGCGCCACUACACAUUCUAAACACUUGGUAUCUCUUCUACCCCGAAGAUGUGUACUUGUAUGUGGGCUCGACGGGGAUUUCCCUCGUACAACUUCUAGCCUACAUCAGCUCCUGCUGUAAUCCAAUCACGUACUGUUUCAUGAACCGAAAAUUUAGACAGGCUUUCUUGGCCAUCUUCAAUUGGUACAACGUGUGUUAUUGCUGUGUCUGUAUGGAACCGAAAUCCCACAGAACUCGCACUAAAACAGCUCAGAAGAACGGCAUUCAUAAAAUUAUUCAAAACAACUCCGACGUCUCGUGCAACGAAUCGACCAUUUACAUAGGGCGCCAAAGCACCAUUGGACGAUCCGGUAAGUUAUACAGGAUUUUAUCCACAACCGCCCAAGAGAAAUAAUCGUCAUAAUUCAAAUAAAUAAUUCAGUGUUCUUUUAUUUAAAAAAAAUGUUUACAGCGUCAGGGGUUUCAUAAUCAUUCGGUUAAUUUUCACAUUUUGAAAUUUAUUUUACUGUUGAUGGGCAGCCCGUUUAAUAAAGCCCUUUUGACAGAAGUAGUGGUUUUGGAAGCCGAAGAUCGUGUUUAGCAGCGGCUCAGAAUACGCUUGUGUGUCUUCGUCAACGAGUGGGAGUCGUCUUGCCCAAGUUGUUGCAGCUGAUCCGGACGAUGAAACUUUUAGGUAUAGAAUCACCUGGGUACGACCGCCCAACACGCAAAAUCAUUCCAUAAUUGCCAAUCAGAAUCAACUGUAUUCGUAGAAAAACUUACAGUGCCAAGCGUUAAGCAAUAUUGAAAAUCGACAUUGUUACGGGCUCUUAAACCACGUUAGCAAAAAACUCACAAUGCUUUCACCAUAUAAAACUUUUUGGAUUUUAACUUGGUCUACAAGCCCUGGAAAUCCAUGUUGCUCAAUUGGUUCAAGUACAAAAAUCUUAAAAUAUCAAUGUUUGUUUAAGUACCUGAAGUACUUAAAUCUCUAUUUCAGAAAACACACCAAUAAUACAAAAAUAUAACAAUUAAUUAUGAAAAAAAUCGUGGUUUUUAAUUAAAAUAUGUGUACUAUUUUAAUUGUAUAAAUAAUGUUAAAUUUAAAAAUACUACAAUAAUUAUAUCGUUAUAUUAUCGUAAAAAUCUAUAUUUUUAUCUAUAUUUGAUACGGAAUUGAUGUUUUAAAGACUGACUGUGUAAAAGCUGUACAUGUAUGUAUUAUAUUUUUUUAAUUAUGUAAAUAAAAUAAGCUUAUUGUUUGUUGUAAUUUAACGACGUUAAAGUCGCUUCCGAACGCAACAAACAAUAUAAACCACUCUUACUUAAAUAUUACGAGUAUGUAUAUAAUUAUGUGUCAACAAACGUCGUCCUAUACUGUCUACGAAAACGUUUCUUCAUCUAAUAAAUUGUUAAAUAUUUUA